CCCAGUCGAAUCAACUCCCACACACUCAGCAUUCGGUCACGCCGACGGCACCCGAGAUGGCGCCUGCCAAGCUUCCGCUGCCUCCCAACUUCUUCACAUGCCCAGAGAUCGACGCUGACUCGGCCUCGAUGCUGGCGGACCACGCUGUGAACGGCCUGAAGACGAUGGUCGAGCUCGCGCGGUUCCAAGGCGGCCCGAUCUCGUGGACCCUCGAGUCGGACAAGGACGGCAUCCAACACUACUCUGGGUCGGGUCCGCACGCGCCAUCCGGCGCGAUAUUGUCCCUGCACGUCACCAACGUCGCAGGAUCUCUAGAGGACGCCGCAUCCUUGAUGCAGGCGACGACGCACGACGAAUAUGCUGCGUACUGUGCGUCGUUUGCGCCCGACGUUUGCGACAGCGCCGUGCUCUACACGCUUCGAAAACCGAGCGUAUCCAAGCCACGCGAAUACGUCGGUGUGAAAUGGCAGUGCUUCGAGUCGGCCACGUCGUUGGUCAAGAGUCGAGACAUUUGCUACGUAGAGGCGCAGCAGGACGUGUCGCUGCAGCAAGGCGUGCGCGGAUGGGCACGAUGCAUGCAGUCGAUCGAGUUGGACUGCUGCCCAAACUUGCAGGAGUCGCACGACAUUGUGCGUGGGUGGCUCCACUACGGCGGGUACCUUUUCACGGAGACCUCGAUCCCUGGCGAAAUGCAAAUCAUCCACGUGCAGUGCAUGGACUUCAAAGGGCACCUGCCGCAGUUCCUCGUCAAAGUCGCGUCCAAGGCGCGCAUGAAGACGCUGGCCAAGCUCCACCGACACUUUGACCGGUCGGCAAGGUCCCUGUACCGCGCGCCCCAGACGCGUCGAAAAUGCAUGCUGUGCAAAGUCGGUCCGCAGAUCACGUGCUCCAAGUGUUACCAGAGCGUGUGCAUGCACUGCAACAAGUACUGGAAAAUGACGACGUCGGACGGCCGAAAGAAUCGCAUUUGCUACAGCUGCUCGUCCCAACCGACAGGCCUUCGUGGCCCAGCCAAGAGCGAUGGCCUGCUGGACGAAUCCAUCUUUGACUCGCUGAGUGGCAGCGAUCAUUUAGUGGCGUCGCUGACAGAGCUCGGCCUCGAUCGAGACGGCAGCGUCGGCUUAGACAAAGACGGGACGAUUCGGUUUCUUGCCCCGCGAAGUGUCAACUCGCCAUUCGACCUCGAUCGCCAGUCAUUCCACAGCACCGGGGGCAUCCACCACCCCAUGGGCCCAUAGCACGAGUAAACUCUACAACGAACGCAGCUGCACGCUCCGUCCGAGUGGUGAGAAAAACAAGGCAGCAGUCGUCGAUUGUGUGUGUGCAUGCUAUCGAUUUGGGACGCUGUCGAGGCCGCGACGAAAGCACGCCACGCACUCAUCUCGGGACGCCCCACCACCGCUUGGACGAGGGCGAUUCGACCGGUCUGCAAGACGAAAUGCGGUCGUUGUCGGCCAUGGGCUUUACGCAAACGAUAGAUGCAUCGACGAGCUGCACCGCCACGAGGAUGCCGCGAAAUUGGGCAUAAAAUCGACGGCGUUGGAGUGCCGCACAACGCC